UCGGCGCUCUCUCGUCAAUCGCCCCGCCCCGCCCCGCCCCGCUCCUCGCCGCCGUCCCCCGUCCUCCACGCCGCUCGCUCUCCGUCUCUCUCUCAUCCUCCACAUCCUCUACAUCUGCUUCUGUUGCUCGUGGCUUUCGCUCCAUCUCCAGUGACUACCUCAAAUCUCUCUCUCUCUCCUCUCUCGCACACGCACCACCCCCACUCCGACUCCAACAAAGCUCUCUUCACACACUCCUCCAUCCUCCAAUCUCCCUCCCCUCCCUCCCCUCCCCCCCUCCGCCAUCUCCGCCAUGCAGGCCGGUCUUCCUGGUCUCCGUCGGCGCAAGUCUGUCCCUCAGGCAGACCGCCGCCAUGUCCUCUACCCUCGUCAGAGCCAAUCCCCCGGCGCCGAAACAACACCUGCUCCGCCGGCUUCCACACCGGCACCAGAGCCGUCAACCCCAGUCGAACCCCCUCCUGCCUCGUCAUCACCACCACCCUCGACACCGACGCCUACCCCUGAUCCCCCGUCCACGCCUGCCCCAUCAUCCGAUCCUCCUCCAGCCUCCUCGCCGUCUCCCAACCCCCCCACCACCACUGCACAGCCGCCCGUAACGACCGAGGCUCCUCCUCCCACAACUGAGCAGCCCCCCACCUCUCAGGCUCCACCAUCUCCCGGGCCCUCCUCCAAUAACCCGCCGACCACCCCGGAGCCUGGCACCUCGGCCAACCCCAACCCAAACCCCAACCCCAACCCGGGCACUAGCAAUGGUGGCGGCAACCCCGGCACCACCGUUCAGACAACUGUGCAGGUCACGGUUGACCCACCGGCUACCCCGACUCAGCAACCAGGCGCGGGCCAGUCGAACCCAUCUGCCCCUCAGCAGUUGACGUCCACUGUCAUUGUCCCAGCACCAGAGCAGAGCCUCCCGCCGACUUCGACGCGUGUUACUUGGGUCUCGGAUACCAAUGUCCCAGGCUUGUUGACCGGUGCACCUGAAACGACCGCUGAGUCGGCCGUGCGGAUCACCACGACCGACUCGAAGGGAAACGUGAUCACUACGAUCCCCUCGUCAUUUACGUCGACUGGUCUUACGACGUCGGGCGGUAACGUGUUCACUGUCACGCGGGUUGUGCACAACCCAUCUGGCGCCCUGGACUCGGGUUCAUCUUCAGGCGGCUCGUCGUCAUUCUUCAACAACAAGGGCGCCGUCGCCGGCGUUUUUGUUGUUGUCGGUCUCGCGGUUGUUGCCAUUCUCGCCGCCCUCGGCUUCAUCUUCUUCCGGAAACGCCGCCGCCAGCGUCUCGAUCGCGAGGUCACUGCCGCGGCUGUCGCUGCUUCGGCUGCUGCCGCCCGCUCCCCGCUGGACGAGGAGGGCGACAUUGCAUCCUCGCACCCGACGUCCGAGUCGUACCCGUCGACCAUGUCUGCACCAAUGCAGCAGUACAACAACUACGCUACAACGUAUGGCAACGGUGGCGGCUACGACCCAUUCGCCCUCCAGAGCGACGGCGGUGCUCACGCUACGGGCGUCGCUGCCGCUGCCGGUGCUGGCGCUGGCGCGUACGGCGCGUAUGGGACCGACUUCUCGGAUCCCCGCUACCACGACGCACCCGCUGGCCGUUACCACGACGAUGGCCCGUUCCAUGACGCGCACGAGUACGUUAGCGAUGGCCAGCACCGUGGUUACGAUGGUAUGGAGCAGGGUGGCCAGGGCUACUAUUACGACCCGUACUACGAUGACGACCCGAAUCAGCAGCGCCACAGUCGCCAGGGCUACCCGCAGCACUCGUACAACGACGAAGCGUACGGCACGUACUCUGGCGGAGAGGAGAGCGUCGGUACUCCAACACACGAGCGUACCAACCCCCUACACAUCACGAAUCCCAGCCACCCUCCGACGAGGCAGUGAGCGAGCUGCGCUAUUGUCACGGCGCAAUUCAGACACCAAUACGCACGCACGGACGAUUGAUCAAAAACCCCCAUCACACGCGGCCUCGAGCCCGACUGUAUCUCACUCCCUUGCCUGUGGACGCGGUUCACCCGGCCACGGCACACCCUCAGUCCAGGAUUUCACAUGCGCCGGACGCUCCUGUCUCGCUCUCGGUAUUGCCGCGCUCGUCGACACACAGCAAUAGACACACUCAUUCAUUCACUCAUUUGUAGCUCGUUGGCAUGCAAUUGCGAUAGCGAUUGGAUAG